AUGAAAGAUUAUACCGAUUUGACCAAACUCGAACUCAUCGAGCUGCUUAGAAACCGCGGCCUCUCGCUUCUCGGAGUGAAAGAUGCUCUCAUCAGUCGCCUAGAGGAGUAUGAUCACACUCAUGAUCCAUCCCCAUCACCACAGCUUCAUAAUUCUCCUGCCAUUUCCAGGCUAGAAAGACCAAAGCCAACUACAACCCCUCAGCUUCCGGUCUCGGAUACUCACAUCAGUCGUUCAUCGCUCUUCUCCAACGAUAUCCUUACCAGUGAUGAGGGGGACUACGCCAAUUGGGAGAAAACCUAUGGCGAUGUAGCACUGAAGACUAGCAAAACUCCUGACCCCGAAUCCAAAAAGCCCCCUGCACCAAGGUCUGGGCCGGUCCCCAAGGUUUCUUUCAGUAUCCCAAAGUCAGAGUUAUCUACUUCUGUUUUUUCUGAAUCGGACACUACUACUGACAAGAACCCCUCCGAAACCGAAACGACAGCUACUGUUCCUGGCUCCCUUCCUAUCGACAGAGUCACUAAAACUGGUUUCAAAUACAAAUCCCUUGCGGCGGAGUUCUACCCAGCACAAGAAAAGACUAUCAAUCCAUCCACCAAGCCUUUUUCAAUUGCGCUUCCUCCUACGUCUACCAUUACAAUCCACCCUGGCGCCUCUACUGGUAAUAUUGUCACCAUGAGUCCCAGUGAUCUUGUUUCUGCCGGCAGUGCUGCUUCUUCCGCAACACUCGAUCACCUUAAAAUUUCCCCAACCACUACCAUCACGUCCAUCGUUGAAGAGAUAAACGCAGUUGCAACCACUGGCGUUACGAGCAGUCUCUCUAAAAAAGACGGAGACUUCAAACCCCGCACUGAAUCAGUAUCCUUUAAGACUACCAAGUCCGGAUUUAAGUUCAACUCGAUUGCGUCACUUUUUCCUGAAGCCAAGGCAUCUACCAAAUCGUCAAAGUCAAAUGGCCAUCCAAUCAAAGCCCAUUCUUCUUUUCAACCCACAGAUACCCUUACAGUCUCAGCAAAGCAAAAUCCUACCAGGGAAAUAGCCGCUAGUGCAGCCCCAAGCUCUAUGCCGACCCUUGUGCGCAUAGCCAAACUCAGUGAGGCCGAAAAGCUUUCCUUGCGCGCAAAGCGUUUCGGCAUCCCUCAAAAGGAUGAACUCCCUGUCACCACAAAGGCCAGGCGAGAGGGCCGUUUUGGGGUUGCAGAACUUGUCGACAACUACGAAAGGAUCAAGGAUCGUGGAAGAAACCAUAAGUCCGAGAAAGAGAAGGAAAAGGAGAAGGAACGGGAGAAAAGGGGGGAGGGGAGAGGGAUAAUAGGAGGAGGAUUUCUGGCGGCAAGAGGGCUAGAUACGAAGAUGAGAACGAUAUCUACCACGACCGUGAGUACAGGGCUGUUCGCCAGCGGCAGUCUCGCUCAAGCAUGA